AGCUGCUGACCGGAGGUUGCAGUCAGGUCCAAUUUCAGCUCUAGAGGCCUCGUCCGCGGAGCAGGUGGCCAGGCUGAGGCUCUGUGGGGAAGGGCCCUGGGGUGCUGGUCCCUGCGGGCCGCGCCCGGAGCUUUGUCUUCCAUAUACACCGCUCAUGGAUUGAAGAAACCAAAAUGGCUGAAGAUACAAAGCACGGAGGACAGAAAAAUGGGAGGAAAGGAGGACUUUCUGGAAGUUCCUUUUUCACGUGGUUUAUGGUCAUUGCAUUGCUGGGAGUGUGGACGUCUGUCGCUGUCGUCUGGUUUGAUCUCGUUGAUUAUGAGGAAGUUUUAGGAAAACUAGGAGUCUAUGAUGCUGAUGGUGAUGGAGAUUUUGAUGUGGAUGAUGCCAAAGUUUUAUUAGGCCUUAAAGAAAGAUCUGCUUCCGAGCCCACAGUCCCAGCGGAGGAGGCUGAGCCAAUCCCUUGGCUGAGGGAGCAGGUCCCCGAGGGUUCAGGACCUCAGAAUAUUGACGAUGAAGUACAAGAACAAAUUCUGUCCAUUCACCAUGAGACAGUAUACGCAGAACAUGGAGACAACGUGCAACAAGAAGACGAUGGACCAGCCAGAACACCACCACCGGGAGACGAGGAUUUCCUUGUGGGAAGUGAUACAGUUGAGAGGUUUGAGCCUCUGGACGCUGGAGCAUUUCAUGAAGAAACUGAAGAUAGUUACCCUGUAGAAGAGACAGCUUCACAGGUCUAUGACCAGGAUAUGGAGGAGAUGAUGUACGAGCAGGAACCCCCAGAUUCCAUGGACCCAGUAGCAGGCGGCGAUGAGGGAACAUUCCGUGAUGCAGAUGACAUUACAUACCAAGACUAUGAUGAACCAGUAUAUGAGCCAUCAGAAAAUGAAGGGAUAGAAAGUUCAGAUAAUGUUGUAGAAGAUUCAAAUGUCAUUUUAGAAGAAUCACACAUGUCCCCUGCAGAACAACAGGAAGUACCACCAGAAACAAAUAGAAAAGCAGAUGAUCCAGAACAAAAAGAAAAAGUUAAGAAAAAGAAGCCUAAACUAUUAAAUAAAUUUGAUAAGACUAUUAAAGCUGAACUUGAUGCUGCAGAAAAACUUCGUAAAAGGGGAAAAAUUGAGGAAGCAUUGAGUGCAUUCCAAGAACUAGUUCGCAAAUACCCUCAGAGUCCACGGGCGAGAUACGGAAAGGCACAGUGUGAAGACGAUCUGGCCGAGAAAAGAAGGAGCAAUGAGAUACUUCGUGGGGCCAUCGAAACCUACCAGGAGGUGGCCAGCCUGCCCGAUGUCACCACAGACCUGCUGAAGCUGACCUUGAAGCGGCGCUCAGACAGACAGCAAUUUCUGGGUCAUAUGAGGGGCUCCCUGAUUACCCUACAGAAAUUAGUUCAACUCUUUCCUGAUGAUACUUCUUUAAAGAAUGACCUUGGAGUGGGGUACCUCUUGAUAGGAGACAAUAACAAUGCCAAGAAGGUGUAUGAAGAGGUUCUGAAUGUGACGCCCAAUGACGGCUUUGCUAAAGUGCAUUAUGGCUUUAUCCUGAAGGCACAGAACAAAAUUGCUGAGAGCAUUCCCUACCUAAAGGAAGGAAUAGAAUCUGGGGAUCCUGGCACUGACGAUGGCAGAUUUUACUUCCACCUGGGGGAUGCAAUGCAGAGGGUCGGGAACAAAGAGGCCUACAAGUGGUACGAGCUUGGGCACAAGAGGGGACAUUUCGCAUCUGUGUGGCAGCGUUCCCUCUACAACGUGCGUGGACUGAAAGCCCAGCCGUGGUGGACACCGAGGGAGACGGGCUACACUGAGCUGGUGAAGUCCUUAGAAAGAAACUGGAAGUUAAUCCGCGAUGAAGGCCUUGCAGUGAUGGACAAAACUGAAGGCCUCUUCCUGCCUGAAGAUGAAAACCUGAGGGAGAAAGGUGACUGGAGCCAGUUUACGCUGUGGCAGCAAGGAAGAAAAAAUGAAAAUGCCUGUAAAGGAGCUCCUAAAACCUGUUCUUUACUCGAUAAAUUCCCCGAAACGACAGGAUGCAGAAGGGGACAGAUCAAGUAUUCUGUCAUGCACCCAGGAACCCACGUGUGGCCGCACACAGGGCCCACCAACUGCAGGCUCCGGAUGCACCUGGGCUUGGUGAUUCCCAGAGAAGGCUGCAAGAUCCGAUGUGCCAACGAGACCAAGACAUGGGAAGAAGGCAAGGUGCUCAUCUUCGAUGACUCUUUUGAGCACGAGGUGUGGCAGGACGCCGCGUCUUUCCGGCUGAUUCUCAUCGUGGACGUGUGGCACCCGGAGCUGAGUCCCCAGCAGAGGCACAGCCUGCCUGCGAUUUAGCAUCUCGUGCAGGCCUGCGACACGCUGGAGACAGGCCACCUUGCUGCUUCCACCUCCCUGGGGGUAGGGACAGGGCUUCCAAGUUGGAAGCCCUUCAUUCCUUUGACUCGCAGCCCGAAAAACUCUGAGGCUCCUCUUAGGAUUCAAAGACACUAAAAGGACUAUUGGCCUUGCUGCAGUUCAUGUAGAAAGGACUCUGCUCUACCUGCUGCCAUGAUGGCACCCAUCUGAUGCCGCAUUUUCCGGUGAAUAUGGCACAGCCUCCACCUUGUCAGCCAAAGAUGCGUUUUCCACUUAGAAGCAGCCUAAAUGAGUGUACGAUGAGAAUAUAUGCACAAACUGUGAAUGGAUCGCUUUAGUUUGUAAUCUUUCUAUGCAAUUAUAUUUUUCUAGGGUAGCCAGGCAAUGCUGUCAUCCCGCACCACUACUUUUUUGUCGAUUUUCAUAAUAAGCUGUGUAAAUGCUUUACUUCCAGCUGUUUAAUGGUAACUUUCCUCAUGAACCCACACUUCCUUCUUUUAAUUGUUUUUAGUGAAAGACACUCAUAAAAGAAGCAAUUGUAUUUUCCUACUACAAAGGAGAGAGAUGUAAUUAUGCUGAUGUCUGCGGACCGUAGUGCUUCCUACCAACUGAGUCUGUUUGCCUUUUCACAUCAUCGUUGAAAGAUGGUGUCUUAAUUUCUCUCCUCAUCGUGCAAAUGGUAGUUUCCGAGAGGACCUUUUCACACUGACACAAGACCUGGAAUCAUUUUAUAUUGAGUUAUAAAAGUGCCACAUGUAAAUUUCUUUAAUGCCAAGAAUUAGGACUUGGAAAAGUCACCUAUCUCAGAGUAAAACUUUUCUCUCAGGAUCAAGUAGAUAGAGGCUGCCAGGACCUUGGGCUUCUUGGCGUCCUUGCCAUCUGAGAAAGAGAAUCCAGAGUAAGAAGGUCCUUACAUGGAUCCCCACUACACUUUUGUAAAAAUGCAGAGGAGGGCAGAGUGGAAGACCCAGAAUGCCAGGAUCUUAGUCCUGCGUUUAGGAUGUCCAGAUCACCUUCCUCUUCGAAACAGUUUGGAAGACUCUUCUGUUUCCCUGGCUUGAGAAACUUCUGCCAUUUAAAUAUAGCUUGGAGCAAUUGUUGUCCAUAGUUUAGCUUUACUAUUAUGCACAGCAUAGAAAUAACAGUUGGAAAAUGGUUUUGCCUGCUUAUCCCAAAGAUGAUCAAAUUACUAAUUUAGAAGAGUAUUAAUGCAUUACAUGCUGCAUAAUUCCAAUCAAAACUAGAAAUGUUAGCUGUAUGAAUGUAAUGAUAUUCAUGUACCUGAAUUUUAAGCCAAUAUGAACGAAAACGUGGAAGAAAUGACACAGCAGUUUACCAAAUCUCAUUCACGGGUAGAAAAAACACUUGUGCUUCCUUUCCAAACUAAGGACAAAGGAGGGUGCUUUAUGUCUUUUACAAAGAGUUCUUUAACGUUGAAAUGGACCCUUUUUGCUUGACAUGAGCUUCCAGUGAGAAGGGUUUUGCAAAAUAUCUUGUUCCCUUCUGCUUUACCAAAACGAUCCCACUAAAAUAGAUGAAGAAGCACAUGAAGAAGGUAUCACAAUUACCAACAGUUACCAAGAAGAAAAAGCAAACUCUUGAAAAAUAAAAAGGUGUUGUGUCCUUCAGUAUUUAUUGAACAGAAGAAAUGACUGACAAAGGACAAUACAAUCCGAUGCUCGUGUAAGAACAUUCAUGUCACUUACUGAUUUUGGUUCUUGUAUGUAUAUUGCAUACACAUAAAGAAAUUGAAAGUAUAAGUUGUCAGUGUUAAACCAUCAUCUUACAUUCAUUUAAUGAAAUCAUGGAAUAGAGUAAAAACUAGCUCUUAACUUAAUAAUGAUAAUAUGGUAUUUAAAAUCAGGUCACUACAGUAGGUUCUAAAUAUUGCCAAUUGAAAAGCCAGAGUUCUUGUUACUGUUGCAAAGUGUCAGCAAUAAUCGACUCUGAUAGCAUUUUAAACACUUGGAUCCCUCAACUAUUUUAUAAACACAAGUAAUAAAAUGGAUUUUCUAAUUCA